UCCCGGCUCGCGCGGGGGGAGAGGCUUCACUAUGUCGGCAGCGGGUUCGCCGCAGUCUGCGGGGCGUCGUAGUAAAUGGGAUCGUCCAGAACCAACUCCUGGGUUGAUGGCAGGACAAAUUGAGUCUCAGAUGAAUAGUUUUCCUUCAGCGGGCUCGCAAGUUGGGGUUCAUGGUGGAGUUUCCUCUAUGUCUUCAUCAGUCAGCCAGUCUCCUCAAUCCUCAUCAGAAGCUUUAGGGGCAGCUGCUGCUGCCGCUGCCAAAAUUAAUGCCAUGUUGAUGGCAAAAGGGAAACUAAAGCUACCACAGACUCCAAGUGGCAGGGAAAACCGAUCAAUGAUGCCUUCAAAAUUGAUGUCCCAUCUAAAGAACAAAGAUGAUAUGGUGGUGGCUGAGAUUGAAAUAAAUGAUGUUCCUAUUGUCUGUAGAAAUCUGCUGACCAGAGGCCAUACUCAAGAUGAGAUAAAUAAGAUCAGUGGUGCUGCUGUUUCCACUAGAGGGCGUUUCAUGACAGUAGAAGAGAAGCAGAUGGCUGUACAAGGGGAUCGACCCCUCUACCUUUGCAUACAGGCCCAGACGCAGGACAGCGUGGACAGAGCCGUAAACAGGAUCAAGGAAAUUAUUGGUGAGGCAUUAGCAAAAGAAGCCAUCAAACAACCUCUUCCACUUGUAGUAACGUCUACUGCAAGGAGCAAUUCCAUGACUUCACAUAACCAUUCUCCAUACAAUUCCUUGCCUCAGUUACAGCCAGGGAUGCAUUUUGUUCAGGACAAAAUCUUUGUCGGUCUGGAGCAUGCUCCUACUUUCAAUGCAAAAGAAAAAGUGGAAGGCCCAGGAGGUUCCUAUCUGCACCAUAUUCAGAAUGAAACAGGGGCCAAAGUUCAUCUCAGGGGCAAAGGAUCAGGCUUCAUUGAGCCAACAUCUGGAAGAGAAGCAUUUGAACCGAUGUAUAUUUAUAUCACCCAUCCUAAGCCAGAAGGUUUAGCAGGGGCAAAAACAUUGUGCGAAAACCUGCUUCAGACGGUACAUGCAGAGUAUUCUAGAUACCAAAGCCAGAUGACCAUAGGAAUGGGACCACCAUCAGUCUAUCCAAUGGUGACACCAUCUCCAGCUAUGGCUCCUGCCCAUAAUCCUGUCUCUGUUCUACCUCCUGUGAUGACGUCACAGCCAUAUCCCAUUCAGCCUCAAUCAUCUGUCCCAUACACGUAUGCAAACACAAAUGUACAGUAUUCUACACAGCAGUUAAGGCAGCCUCUUCAAACCCCAUACAGUACUGGAUUGCCUACAGAGAUGUCACAAAGUCAAGUUGUGUCGGGGAUGAUGCACUCAGUACCCCAGAACAACUUUUCUGUGCCACAACCAAUGCCAGGACCUUGUUAUGCGCCACAACCAAUGCAACAAACUGGAGCAUCUUCACAGCAGGUCCAACAUGUAAACUCUGCCCCCAUGCCAGUCUCUGUGUCCAGCUCAGAGUAUCAGAUCCCGGCCACAAGUACUAAUAACCCUGUUUCAAUGCCACCUCCUGUGUCGUCCUCUCAACCACAAAAGAGACGUUUCAGAGAAGAGAGAAUGGCCAAUACACCAGAAGAACUUCUUGGAUACCAGCACGGACCAUUUCACUUGACUAAUCUAGGUACUAGGAGCAGUCAGGAUAUGGGCUCUGGGUUGAAGAUUGCUGCUGAUCCUACCUUCUUUGGAAGGGGAAGAGAAAGGCAGCUGAUGCCCCCACUGUCCAACCAUGGAGAUCAUUCUGAAAUGCCAGAAGCCUCGAUGCCUGUAUUGCGUUCUUUAAAUAUGCAAGGUCAUACUUCUUCACCAAGCCAUAAACGGCAGAAGACGAGUGACAGCCUAGGUGCGCUGGCCCAAUAUGGGGAGGACUCUUCAGAUGAGGAAGAAGAAAGGCAGAGGCGAGGGGGGAGAUACAGGAAUUCUGGAAAUGCAUCGCGCAAUAUGUACCCUCCCUAUUUUCAGCAUUCUAAUCAACAUCAUCCUCCCCACCCCCCCCAGCACCAUCAUCACCAGCAGCAGCUUCACCACCAGCAGCAACAGCAAGCUCUCCCAAGGUCCCACAAUACCAUGCCCUUCUGGAUGGCUCCCAAUUAACAUUGUGUUUUAAAUGCAUUUUUCUUAAUAUUCUCUUCACAAUGUGCAGUUUGAACUUCAGUUGUUCACCUGUCUUUGCUAGCUACAGUACCUUUACCCAAUAUACAACUACACCUGUACUCAAUAAGGAUCAUCAGUAUCAAAUGGCUGACUUCAGCAAUGAAAGCUGGAUUUUUACUAAAGGUAUAUACACACCAACUUGUGAAGAACCAUACUCUACUGUUAUUUAACAGGACUUCAUCUACUGCAGCAAUGUGAAGAGUAAAUUCAAAGAUUGCCUUUCAUAGGCACGAAUUUCAGAAUGCAGGACAAAUGGGGAGAAAAAGAUACCAUUUUCCCCACCUAAAGUUUGCAUCAGCAUGAUUCGUGCAUCAAUCUUCUAUGUUGUAAUGAGCAAGAAUUUAGUGUAUUUCAUUGUACAACUGUAAAAUAAAAUGUGAGAAAUAUAUAGUACAUUAUAACUUGGUAGUAUUUGUAAAAUGCUAAAGUCAUGAAUCUAAGUUUCCUUUGAAUUUGUUCUGCAUUCAGUGCAAUGUUUGACAAAGGGGUGAUCUAUAAUGGGAAUACAUGUGUAGGUAGGGCUGUGUCGUGGUUUAUUUUGAUAACUGAAUGAUUUAACAUUUGUACUUGGAUAUAGUUAAGUAAUUAAAAAAAAUUACCAUGAAUUCUG